AUGUUGGGAGGCGCCGGGUGCGUGGCGCUGCGCGGGCUGAGCGCGGGGCGCGCGUCGCGGGCCGUCGCCGCCGCCGAGCUGCUGAUAUACGUGGACGUGGACGCAGAAGGCUACCUGGUGCCGGCGGGCGCGCGUGGCACGUGCGGCGCGGCGGCACUGGCGGCGCGCGCACGGCUUGCGCCCGGGAACGCCGUUCUCGAGCCGGUGUCGGCGUCGGCGUCGGCGUCGGCGCCGGGCGCAUGGCGCGUGGUUAUCACGGCGGCGGCGGCGCCGCACGCGGAGCUGCUGCUCUGGCCCAGUGAGGAUGUGCUGGCGCGCGCAGGUGUGCCGCAGCUUACGCCGGAUAACAAAUUAGGUCCAGGCGAGUACAGCUGCCACCGCUGCGACGCCCGCUUUGACGCUCCACACAUCCUACGGGUGCACCUGUUCCUAGCCUGCCGCACACCUUCAGCUCUGCUCUUCCUCUCCGCAUUAAUACACGCCACAACUCCACCUUUGGAUCUGCGGAGCGCGUUCCGGCCUUAUACGACAGUUACGCCGACGCCGAGUUUGGCGCCGGCGGCGUUGGAGGCGCUCGCGACGGCGUGGGGCCGCGGCGCGGGCGGCGGCGUCGGCCACGCCUGCGUGUACUGCGGAAGACUCUACUCCCGCCGCUACGGUUUAAAGAUCCACCUUCGCACGCACACUGGUUAUAAACCCCUGCGAUGUCCCCACUGCCGGCGCGCGUUCGGCGACCCGAGCAACCUGAACAAGCACGUGAAGCUGCACGGCGCGGGGCGGGGCGGCGGCGCGCACGCGUGCGGCGUGUGCGGCAAGCUGCUGGUGCGGCGCCGCGACCUCGAGCGACACAUGCGCGCGAGACACGCGUCACACGCGCACGCGCACGCGCACACCACGCCCCCGUGCGAGGUCUGA